CAUUGGCUUCCCCGGGACACGUGAGGGAAGGGGGCGUGGACGCGGCGGCGUGGACGGGGCGGUCGGCCAAGGGUGUAGAUGAGAAGUCCGCGGACUCUGGCCUGUGGGCCAAAUGGACACUGUGGCGCUGGGCCGGUGGCGACGGCGGAAGCCGGAGGAGCUGCCGGUUCCCGGGGACGCGAAACGGGCAUGCAAAAGCUUCGAAGCAGCUGUACAAGAGCGGGGCUGCCCCCCAGGCAAGGCCAGCGUCCUGGGGUCCUGGGUCUCUGAGAAUCUGGCCUGGCCGCCUGGAGGCCACCUCCCUGCAACAAGGCCAGACAUUGGCCAGGGGCCACCACGUGUGGGGAUUCCUCCAAACGGUGGAAGGAGCCUGGCCCAGCCGUGCCCGAGAUGUAUUGCAGGAGAAUCUUGAACGCCACGUGGCUGCGGACAUCUUCCUUGUAAACAGAUGAGAAGGUCUGAACUGGACGCUUCAGUCAGUAGCUGGAGUCCCCUCUAAGGCCCUCUGGUCACCCCCUGGCCUGGACGCCUCGGGACCCUCACCUUCUUUCUCUGCCUGUGCCUGCUGGAAGCUGUCACUGCAUGCUUCUCCCUGUCACCAUAGAAUUAAAGACAACAUCUUGGGCAGGAAGCAAUUGUGGAGGGUGCAAG